AUGGCUGAUUUCCACGGCUUCACCACCAUGGCAGAAAUCAUCGGAUUGGCAGCUUCCCUCAUCACUCUGGCAGGCGCGAGCGCGCAACUAGCCAGAACGCUGCUUGAAGUCGCCAAUGUUAUCAAAUCCGCUGAAUAUGAGGCUAGGCUCAUCGCCGCAGACAUUUCUGUCUUCUCAAGCUCACUUACGCAAUUGAGUAUGGUCGUGGAUCUGCCACACUCGAAGACGGAGAAGCUUCGCGAGAUCACUGUCGUCUUGAUCUCUGCAUGUCGAACUCUUAUCGAAGACCUGAGGAUGCUCAUCGGAGAGCCAGUCCAACAUGAUCCUUCACGACGCGCUUUCACCAUCUCGCUCAUACGGUUCCGAUUCAGGUGGAUGAAAGUUGGUCCCAAGGUUAUGUUUGUCAAGAGCUUGGUGGAUUCAUUCAAGACCACCAUCAUCGUCCUUGUUUCUACCAUGAACUUGGCUGUCGUACUGCAGCGAGAUGCCCCGGAUUCUAUCAGCGAGAGUCUAAAAACACAGGUUGAGAGCAACAUCAAGUUUGCGGAAGACGCUACGGAGUGUCUGCAUCAUCAUAGAGAUGCCCAGCAAGACGACGCUUCUUCCUGUACACUCACUCUGGACUUCAGCGCUGCAAUAGAGGCUGAAGACGCGACACCCGGUGCGGGUGCAGAGUUGAUUGUACGUGGUGCAGCACAACAAGGUAUUACGAAAAGGCACGACUCAACCAUCUUCCAGAACGGGGAAUUCGACGAGGAUGACUGCGCCCUUCAGGCAUCUCAGAAAUGUACACAAAUUGUCGAGAUGCAGCAAAUGUCUUGCGCGUUGGCCAGAGAUGUGCUAGACCAUCAGAGUCUGAAACCGACGUGGAGCUGGAAUGCGAGUGAGAAGAUGUCUGCACAUGAGGAACCCCAGCCCUUUCCUACAAGCGAAGAUAGCUAUUCGACAGCGGGAUCUGAAACUUAUGAAAGAACACCGUCUAAGGAAAAAGGCGGAGAGUCGGUACGCCACCACGAGCCACAAGAACGCCGGAUUCCCCUCGGGGAGUUAUUGGAACAGAUGCGAACUCCGGACUCCAAGGUGAAAUGGAUCAGCAAUUCGAGUGUCGAUGCUGGUGUGCACCGACAGAAGUCGUUCGAGCGCAAGGACGAAGAGGCGGUACGCGAUAGUAGUUCACGGCAACACGUUUCACGCGAUGAAAAGGAUAGAAUCGAUAGAUUGGAGAAUUUGCUUGUCGAGAAGGAAAAGGCAGAGAAGGAAGCUGCUGAAACGGCGAGGGCAAAGACGGAAAGCAGUAAAUUCGAUAGGUUAGAGAAUCUGCUUAUAUCCCAACAGGAGGCAAAGAUCGAAAAGGAAAAGGCAAAGAAAGAAGCUGCGGAACAAGUGGAGAAAGCCAGAAAGGCACCGAUUGUCUUCUACGAUGCCAUCGAUCGCAAGUUCGAAUGCCCUUGGCGUUUGUGCAGUAAUUGGGGGGAACUUGACCUCACCUCCGAUUGA